UUGUAACGUGUUGAGUUUUUAUUUUCAAAAAAGUAAGAACUUCCGAAAUAAUUAAUACUUCGGACUGACGUAACACGUUAGGAAACAUAUUAAAAUACACGAUGGCUGCCGUAGACUUAAAAACCCCGCAAGGCGUGCAAUUCCUCGAAAACUACUUGAGCCUGAAAAGUUACAUUGUUGGAUACGAGCCAUCCACGGCUGACGUUGAUACUUUUGCCGCAAUUCAAGCACCCCAGGCCAAGACGCCUAAUGUGCUCAGGUGGUACAACCACAUCAAGUCGUUCACUGACAAAGAGCGCACCCAGUUCCCAAACAAAAAAGCCGAGUUCUCAGCAUCUGCGGCUAGUGCUGCGAAACCGGCAGAUGAUGACGACGAUGUAGAUCUAUUCGGUUCCGAUGAUGAAGACGAUGAAGAAAAAGAACGCAUUAAACAAGAAAGACUAAAGGCUUAUGCUGAAAAGAAAGCCACCAAAAAAGUAAUUAUCGCCAAGAGUAGCAUUGUACUGGAUGUUAAACCAUGGGAUGAUGAAACCGAUAUGAAACAAUUAGAAACACAAGUCCGAACCAUUAACAUGGAUGGUUUAGUGUGGGGAGCUUCAAAAUUAGUCGAAAUUGCUUUUGGUAUCAAGAAACUCCAAAUUAUGUGUAUUGUAGAAGAUGAUAAAGUAUCUGUCGAUGCUCUUACAGAAACCAUCCAAGAAUUCGAAGAUUUUGUUCAAUCUGUGGACAUUGCUGCAUUCAACAAAAUUUAAGAUAUUUUAAUUCUUAGAUAUUUGUCAAUUUACUUCAGAAACAUGAAAAUAUAAAGCCAAUUAAUUUUUAA